CAUUAAGUGUCAAUCAAAAGUGGUGUGCGCUACAAAGAUGCUUUAAAAUUUGUAUUGAAUUCUCAAAACAGAAGCUUUUGCAAUUCUUACAUUCUUUUAAAGAAGGCGCUUUAACAAAACCUGGUUACGAGAAUCUGUUACAAAUGAUGAAACUAGUCGAUCCAGUCGUACGGAGUUUUAAGGUCGCUAAGGUGUUCAGGGAAAAUACAGACAAAAUAAACAGUAUAGAUUUUUCACCGAGUGGAGAGACGUUAAUAUCGUGCAGUGAAGAUGAUCAGAUUGUUAUUUAUGAUUGUGAAAAAGGCACUCAAAUGAUAACGGUAAACAGUAAAAAAUAUGGAGUUGACUUAAUACACUUCACACACGCUAAAAAUACUGCAAUCCACAGUUCCACUAAAGUUGACGACACCAUCCGAUAUCUUUCUCUUCACGACAACAAGUACAUCAGAUACUUUCCAGGCCACACCAAAAAAGUUGUGACCCUAUGUUUGUCACCAGUGGAAGACACAUUCUUAUCAGGGUCUUUAGACAAAACAUUGCGUUUAUGGGAUCUGCGUUCACCAAAUUGUCAAGGACUGAUGCACUUAUCGGGACGACCUGUGGCUGCCUAUGAUCCUGAAGGUCUAAUAUUUGCAGCUGGAGUCAAUUCAGAGAGCAUUAAGUUAUAUGACCUGAGAUCAUUUGACAAAGGUCCUUUUGUGACAUUCAAACUAAACCAAGAAAAAGAAUGUGACUGGACAGGAUUAAAAUUUUCUCGGGACGGAAAGACUAUGCUGAUAAGCACAAAUGGAUCAAUUAUUAGACUUGUGGAUGCUUACCAUGGCACACCACUACAAACAUUUACGGGGCAUCUAAACAACAAAGGCAUUCCCAUUGAAGCAUCCUUCAGCCCUGACUCCCAGUACAUAUUCAGUGGGUCUACAGAUGGGCGAGUUCAUGUGUGGAAUGCAGACACAGGGUACAAAGUGUGUGUCCUGAAUGGUGAUCAUCCAGCCCCUAUUCAAUGUGUUCAGUUCAACCCCAAAUUUAUGAUGCUAGCAUCCGCAUGUACUAAUAUGGCAUUUUGGUUGCCCACUAUAGAUGAUGUUUGAAUAGGUGUAGUUUGAUAUCAAUUAUUUAAUUAUGUAAUUAAUAUGUAGUUAUUGAAUUGAGCAAAAUUGCAUCAUACUGUAAGGAUAAUAUGAAAUAGCAAUGUGUAACAAUACAAAAUUGUGAAUAUAAAUAAUACAAGCUACAUGCAUUACUUCAAUGUUUUAAAUACAGUAUUGUAAACGGGAAGUGGUACUUAGAACAUAACUACUUAGUACAUGCAUUUAGUUUUCAUUCCAUGUAAACAUAUAAUUUGUAUUUUAACUAUUAUGUAAGUUCUAAAUUUACCAAAAUACUGAGGAUAUAAUAAAAUGCAAAGUCCCUGAUUUCUCUUUUAUAGAAAUACAAUUUCGACACUA